AUGCAUUGCAUUCUGAGAACAUUCAAAAACAGCUUGGACAUAAAUACCAUGGACGAGGGUGUACAGAUUAUCUUCCGAGGAAUGCAGUUUGAUGAUCUACUUGAUGUACAAACACUGAAUAUUAGGAACUCAACAGAGAAUUUCAUGCUAAGUACAUUUUUAUCUACAUUGCAUGAAUCCCGCAAUACUUCAUUUGUUGCAGAGUCAUGUGGAUGCAUUAUAGCAUAUAUCGAGGCUGUUGCAUGUGAACAAGAAAUGGAAGGCCACAUAUACUCUUUAUGUGUGGAUCAAUGCUUUAGAGGAAUAGGCAUUGGUAAGAAGCUAAUAUCUCUUUAUUUGCAGGCAAUCAAGCAAGAGCUGUGCACUGGAAGCGGAUAUUGUGUGAAUAAUAAAGAAAGUACUUACAUAGAACGCAUAAAAGUAGAUCUUCAUGUCAGUGUUACAAACCUGAAUGCAAUCAACCUCUACAAAUUGUUUGGGUUUUUGAUUGAAGAGCAGGAAAUUCCGUACUAUGAGAACAAUGGACUGGCACACAGAAUGUGUUUAUGGAUAUAA